AAUAAUACGAAUAUCCGGGCGGAUACUGUCGAUUAGAUCUUCUCAAAGACUUCUCCUUUUAUAUAAAAAAACUCUCCGACGAGACACAGAUCUUUCGUGCUUCCUAUAGUGUGAGAUCCAACACACCUGGUGCCAUUCUGUUUGUGAGAAUUCGAAGUCUUCUGUGUCUGUUAUAGAGAUGGGAAGCUCAACGGAGGAGAAAGUUGUGGCCGUGAUCUUGGUCGGUGGUCCGACCAAAGGUACUCGAUUCCGACCAUUGUCCCUGAACAUUCCAAAGCCUCUGUUUCCCAUUGCUGGACAGCCAAUGGUGCAUCACCCUAUCUCUGCUUGUAAAAGGAUUCCAAACUUAGCUCAAGUCUAUCUUGUUGGCUUCUAUGAGGAAAGGGAGUUUGCACUUUACGUCUCUGCCAUUUCCAAUGAACUCAAAGUCCCUGUCAGAUAUCUGAGAGAAGACAAGCCACAUGGUUCUGCUGGUGGGUUGUAUCACUUUAGAAACCUAAUCAUGGAAGAUAACCCGUCUCAUAUCUUCCUACUUAACUGUGAUGUUUGCUGUAGUUUCCCCUUGCCAGAAAUGCUCGAGGCUCAUAGGAAAUAUGGUGGGAUUGGAACUCUUCUAGUCAUCAAGGUCUCUCCUGAGUCAGCAAGCCAAUUUGGAGAACUGGUUGCAGAUCCAGUUACUAAUGAGCUGCUUCAUUACACCGAGAAACCCGAAACCUUUGUCAGUGACCGUAUUAACUGCGGUGUUUAUGUAUUCACACCUGAAAUUUUUACUGCUAUAAGAGAUGUUUCCUCUCAAAGGAAUGAUACAGCGACUCUGAGACGUGUUUCCAGCUAUGAAGCUCUUCAACCGGCAACAAGGAUCCCGGCAGAUUUUGUAAGAUUGGAUCAAGACAUCCUCUCACCUUUAGCUGGGAAGAAACAGCUCUAUACUUAUGAGACUAUGGAUUUCUGGGAGCAAAUUAAAUCUCCUGGAAUGUCGCUGAGGUGCUCGGAACUUUAUCUAUCCCAGUUCCGGUUAACCUCUCCCCACAUGUUGGCUAGUGGUGAUGGAACAAAGAGUGCCAUAGUGAUUGGUGAUGUUUACAUACAUCCUUCUGCAAAAGUACACCCAACUGCAAAGAUUGGUCCCAACGUCUCAAUCUCUGCAAAUGCCCGUGUUGGACCGGGUGUGAGGCUUAUCAGCUGUAUCAUUCUUGACGACGUUGAGAUCAUGGAAAAUGCAGUGGUGACAAAUGCUAUCGUCGGUUGGAAAUCUUCAAUCGGGAGAUGGUCCCGUGUCCAGGCUGAGGGAGUCUACAAUUCCAAACUUGGAGUUACAAUUCUCGGAGACUCGGUUGCAGUUGAAGACGAGGUUGUGGUGACCAGCAGUAUUGUUCUUCCAAAUAAGACUCUCAACGUUAGUGUUCAAGACGAGAUAAUCUUGUAACGUUAUUGUUACCAUCUCCCCCUCAAGAUUUAAUGUUUACUGGUGAACUCAUUCACAUUUAUAAUUUACAUCAAGAACUUUCCAACUUUUUUGUAUCAGAUAGUACCAUCACCUAUACUCCAGUCACAGCUACUGUAAAAGGCACUGAAGUUUUGGCUUAUGGUAAUAAAGUACUUGUUUAGUUUGGCA